GUUCCAAUAUAAAACCCUCCCCAGAAUGGAACCCUAACGUUGUCCACCUCAUAUCUUAGAGAAUAUAUAGCACCUUAAUUUUCCCUCUUUAUCUGACCUAUUUUGUGGGUCAGCUCGCUGAGAACACAGUCUAUCCGAAACAAAUUCCCCCUUAAUUUACCAUCGGUAUAUUCUCUCUUCAAACCAGGGUUUUAUAAAUUAAAAAGAAGGAAAAAUCCAUAGUUCAUCAUUUGCUGUCAUUUUAUAUUACAAAUCUCAUUUUGUUUUGGUGUUGUAAGAAAAACCAGUUCAAAAGCCCCAAGAUAUAUAUCUCGAAGCUUUUUCAGAAAACCCGACGGAUAUAUCGGUCUCUGGCAAGGAUUCGGUUUUAUCUUAGCUGUUGCGCGGAACACCAAGGUUAAAGUUUGAAUGUAAAUGGCAGCAGGACAUGAUUAGGGCUUUAAGAGAGAGCCGUUUUCAGCUUUAACUUUUUCCAAUCGAGUUAGUGCUAUUUUAAGGCAGGGAGAGCUUUACUUUGUUUCAGCUAUAGCAUGGAAUAACAGUGUUAAGGUUUCUGUGAAUUUGGGUCACUUUGGAACUGUUGGCUUUAUAAGCUUUGAGCUUUGUAGUAGGGCAAGUUUAGUUCGGUUUUGGAUUUUGCAGUCAUGGCACAUCAGAUUUAUAAUCCUAGUCAGUCUCUGGGUACGGUUGGACGUGGAAGCUCCACACUCGGCUAUGGUGGCAGCAGGGGCUAUGAUAACCCUUUGUUUUCAAGGGAAAAUGGUGGCGGGGCGUUUGAUCCAGCGGGCUUUUCAUCCAGAGAGUCUAGGUAUUUUUCGGCAGACCCGAAGACACAUACCAUAGAGCCUGAUAAAACAGGUGGACUAUCUCUUACUAGUGAGCGUUAUUUUGACAGGCUUCUCAGUGAGCGGACUCAGGUUGAAGCUGGUGGCCGGUUCGGCUCUCUUGGAAUUGAUCGGUAUAUACCCUCUGAAGUAGCAACCCAGAGACUCGAUUCUUCCAGGUACCACCCUGGUCCUAGCAGUUCACUUCUCGGUGGCGAUUCAUCACUCUUCCGUGGUAGUGAUACUGCAGUGGGCUAUGGGUUGUCUAGCACUUAUUUUCCAGGCAGAAGUCUUGUUUCUCCUCCUCUACAUCAGACAGUAUGGCCUGGAGCAGAUCCUCGAGCUACGAUGGGAGUUGUCACCGGUGUCAAGCGACCUAAUGAAGAAGUUUCUAAUCAGCAAACCUUGGGAGCUCAUAACAAAUUUGGGCAAAAUGAAGCUUUUUUGUCUUUGAAUGCUUUGGCCAAGCGGCCUAGACUGGACAGUUCAAGUGAUCUCCCUAUUUACCCUCAGCGACCUGGGGAAAAGGAUUGUGCUCACUACAUGAUAACAAGAACCUGUAAAUUUGGAGCUGAGUGCAAGUUUGAUCAUCCCACAUGGGUUCCGGCUGGUGGAAUUCCAGACUGGAAAGAGGUAUCAUCUGUUGCCUCAAGCAGUGGUCCACCACCAGAGAGGCCAGGCGAGGCCGAGUGUCCUUAUUAUAUGAAGACCGGCAUCUGCAAAUUUGGUGCUAAAUGCAAGUUCCAUCAUCCUAAAGAUAGGGUGGAAAAUUCAAAAUCAUUGGAUCACAAGGCAGAUGGAAGUGAGGCGAAAUCUGCUGAAUCUAAUGGUGAGCAACUACCCAACAGGCCCGGAGAGCCCGAGUGUGAUUAUUUCAUGAAGACUGGUAACUGCAAAUUUGGCGCCAAAUGCAAAUUUGACCAUCCCAAAGAUAAACGGGAAUCUGUAAAUGCUUCAGAUCAGAAAGUUGAAGUUGAUGGUGUUCAAACUGGGGGAAAAGAUGAAUCAGGUAUAGCUGGUUCUGUUGAUGGGAAAACCGAGAAAAAAUUCACUCCUUUGAAGCCUGCACUUGGUCAAAAUUCCAAGGGCUUGCCAAUAAGACCUGCUGAAACAGAUUGCCCUUUUUAUGUUAAAACAGGAAGUUGCAAAUAUGGAGCAAACUGCAGAUUCAAUCAUCCAGAAAGGACAAUAAAUCCACCAUCUACUGUUAUGCCAUUUAUUGCCCAGAACCAACCUUUAGUUGGUUAUCCAGGGAUAAUUCCACAACACCCUGUAGGAGUUAAUAUUCCACCCCAGCGCCCUGGACAGCCUGAAUGUACAUUCUAUAUGAAAACUGGAGAAUGCAAGUUUGGGCCCUCAUGCAAAUUCAAUCAUCCUCUAAUACGACACGAACCAUCUCAAAAGCUGACUCUUGCAGGCCUUCCAAGGCGCGAGGGUGAAACUGUUUGCUCAUUCUAUCUGAAAACUGGUAUCUGUAAGUUUGGUGCAAACUGUAAAUUUGAUCACCCCCCUCCAGGAGAACUUGAUCCGGCUCAUGCUCAGCCGACUGUGAAGUUGACACUAGCAGGUUAUCCUCGUCGAGAGGGAGAGCUUACUUGUGAGUUCUACAUGAAAACUGGAACCUGCAAGUACGGGUCAACCUGCAAAUAUGACCAUCCGCCCCCAGGAGAAGCUGUAGCCAAGGCUGUUGCAAAGGCAUCAACAAAUGGAAAUGCUUCAAAUGAUGAGAAUGAAUUGGACACAGAUUUAGUGAAAGUUAAAGUUAAAGCAGAUGAAGAUGCUCAAGAUGAUGAAGAUGAGCAGAAUUUGCUAUAAGCUUAACUGAAUUUCAUAGUUGAAGCAGAAGAAGCAGAAUUUACUAUAAGUUAAUGAUUUUGAUAAAUGAAGCAGAUGGUGAGGCAAGUACAUGAUUUAAAGGUGUUGAUAUUAAAUUGUUAAGGCAUUUCCACAACGUCAUUAUGGUUACUGGUUUCGUCUAUUGUUUAACUAGUCCGUUUGCUAGUUGUGGAUUUCGUUCCUCAAUACUCCUGACUUUUGUGAGAUUGAUUGGAAAAACGUGUACGCUCUAAAAUUUUGAUUGUGUUCUAUGUUUCACUUUGGACAUGGUGAGGAGCUUAGGUGGAUUAUUUUUCACAUGCGGUAGAGCUGUUAAUAUGUAUUUUUAUUUACAUAUUGUAUUUUUGAUUUA